GCUAAACAAGCUGUGCUCAUUUCUAGAAAUCCAAAAGGUUUAAAAAUGUCUUUUGUUGUUGUUGUUGUUGUGGUAAACCAUCUUUACUCCAUGAUCUCUGAAUAAUUCACAUCACUUUGAUCAGGUUUUCAUCUGAUGGGAUUCGGUGAGCUUGCAGGAUACCAUGUGGCGUAAUGCAGCAUUCCUGCUCUUCUGGGGAAUCUUGAACUCCUACUUUCCUCCGGACUGCUGCCAAACCGACUCUAAUUUUACUACCAGUUCUUCUCCAAACCUUUACAUGACUGUUUCUCAAAGCACUGCAUCUCAAACAAUGGAGCCCUUAACCAAUGGGAGCAGUUCUUCAGGAAGCGCUAAAACAACUAGCAUGGACACAUCAACGACAUCCGAGACACCUACACUGACUCCGAGUCAUGAGGAUGAAAAUGAACCCGACCAAACCUCACACAUAUCCAAUUCUUGGACCACUGGAACAUUAACUGGUACCCAAAAACCUGAGCCAACAACUGAAACCUCAACCAACAGAGAGCAGACGGCAUUUUCUGAAUCAACAAUUACAGCGAUCUCCCCUACAACAACUCCCGACUCGAGUUCAUCCAUCUUCACAACAAGCUCAGAACCAAACCACCUCACUAUCAGAAGUACAACCGAGACUUACUCCACCAUUCAAGCCACUACACAACCAAUGAACACUUCUGUCUCACCAAUAAACUACCAAAGCACUGCAACUCAAACAAUGGAGCCCUUAACCAAUGCCACUUCACAUGGGAUCAGCUCAACAGAAAGCACUACAACAACUAGCACGGACACAUCAAUGACAUUGACUCCGAGUCAUGCAAACAAUGAUUCAAUUACCACCACUGUUUCCAAUACACAGAAUGAUGCAGAGCAAACCUCAAACAGCAAUAUAUCUAUUUCUUGGACUGCUGGAGCAUUAAAUGGUACCCAAAAACCUGAGCCAACAAUUGAAAGAAGUGUCAUAAAACAGACGGAAUUUUCUGAAUCAACAACAACAAUGAUUGCACAUACAACAACAACUACAGGCUCUUCAUUUCCAUCCCCUGUUGCGUCCUCUGGAACAUCACGCUCCGCUACGACGACAACACAACAGCUUGAGUCAUCAGACCAUACUCAAGUCUCCAUCACAUCAAAUGAAUCGACAGCAACAACGAUUGCCCCUACACCAACUCCAGACUCGAGUUCAUCCAUCUUCACAACCAGCUCAGAACCAAAUCACUUCGCAACGAGAAGCACAACCGAGUCUUACUCCGCCAUUCAAGCCACUACACAACUGAAGAACACUUCUCUCAGUGACACUUCUGACUCACCAUCAAUCUACCAAUCUACAAAUGAAUUAGAUACUACGUCUUUCAGCCACCUGCAAACACAGAUGUCUCAAACAAUUGCUGCUGCCUCUGCACUACUUCAGUCUACAUCGUCGCAAAUCACACCAACUAAUGCAAAGAUUACAGAGCCUUCUGUUACAACCUCAACUUCCUCCAGCAGAAGUGUCACAGAUCAGACGGCAUUUUCUGAAUCCACAAGGACAAUGACUGCAGGAUCUUCAUUUCUGUCCUCUGACGCAUCUUCUGGAACAUCACACUCCACUGCGAACACAUCACAACAGUCACCAGACCACACUCAAGCCUCCAUCACAUCAGAUGAUUUGGAUUCUACGUCCAUCACGGCAGAGCCAUCAUUUACAACCUCAACGUCAGCUACAAAUACAAAGCAAACUUCCCAAAGUGCAACAGAGCCGACGGAGGAAUCAUUAACAACUGACCCACAGGAUGACACAACUGAUACUGAAAUAGCAUCGACUAUCAAAACACCUGUGGAAUCGACUACAAAUGCAAUUUCAGCCGUCGACGACACUGCAUCAGCCACAGAAAAUAACACCGAACAUUUAACUGAUGUGUUUUGGUCCUCUUCUGAUAACACAACAUGGAAUGAGUUUACAUUGACAGAUGACUUCAAUAGCACACUGAUAACCUUAAAUGAAACAACAUCUCAAUCAGAAAGUCUGCUAACUGACGGUCAAGAAACUCUGACACCUGUGAUGGAAUCGCAAUCAUCUCAGUCCGCAACAACUGACGCAACUCUAAAUCCAAGUCUGGUUACUUCCUCAGACUCAACAACACUUGUUGAGACCUCGAGCCCUGUCAUAGCGACGCAAGUUACAGCUACACCUAAAAUCCCCAACCCAGAGCACUCGCAAACACCUGUAACUGCUUUCACAGCAUCAACAUCUACAACAACGCUAACGCCGGGAACAGUUUCAAGACAAGCAAUGACACCUGAUUCAAAGCCCACAUCUAUGAACACGCCCUCAAUGUAUCUGACCACUCAAGAAAAUCUGAAAACGAACACAAACGCCUCCUUAAACCCAUUUUCUCCAGCAUCUCCUCUCACUGCCACAAGCAAUGACCCUAAACCUGUCACCACUCCAUUAGCCGAGGAACACAAAGGCUCAACUGUGGGCAUAUCAAUUCAAACAGCGCUAAAGAGGUCUGAUUCAGAAGGCACUACAAUCACAGACACUUGGUCAAACAGCAUAUCUUCAACACCAGCAGGUCUAACAAACCCACCAUUAUCAAGCAACACCAGCAGAGACGGAAACGCAGAUGAUUCUGCAAACUCAGUGAAAAGCACCAUUGUUUUUGUCUUCAACAUUCCCAAAGUACCUGUGUUUAAAACAAUCACCUUCAAUCACCCACUGGUUAAUCAAGUCACAGUCAUGAACACAGUUUUAAGACCAUGAAACGGUCACAUAAAAUGACUUAAAAGCAAAGUGUGUGAUUCAGAGAGCAUAUAUUUGGCUCCUUGUGUACGUGACAAUUGUGAAAGAGUCAAUAAGAGAAACUUCCAGCUAAAUGCAUCUUAAUGGAGAGAGAUUGGGAAUAUAAGGAAUGUAGAAGCCGAAAUGUUUUUGUGGUUACUUAACAGACAGGAAGGCAAUGUCAAUUAUUUCAACGUCAAGCAGAUCAUACUGUAUGACUACAUGCUUUAAAACAAGCCAACAAACAAAAAAAAAGAUUGAAACCAAAACAAAUGAGAUGGAAGAACAGGUGUAAUGUUUUAUGAAGACUAACUUUCAUUUCAACAAUCCAGGUAGGGGCAAACAAUUGACGCGUGAGUCUGUAGCAUAGCUUCUUAAUCAUUUAUUUUCGCAAAACAACAAUCCAUAAGAUCAACAGUUGAACCAUAUCUUCACCGCUAAACAUUAGCACACACAGCCACAUGAACACACGGUCUGAAAAUCGCAUCCGCUUCCCCCUACUCACCCCACCUACUUCCUUACCUACACUAAAUACACAAUUGCAAUAAUGUAAUAAGAGUCUCAAUUGAAAAUUUCAUAACAUUCAAUCCAAAUACUCAAACACAAAUAAUAAUGAUCAAACAUAAACUUAAUUAUAUUCAAAUUAGUAAAUCAGUCCAUUCAGUCCAAAAUAUGAAAAUAGAAAAAGAAAUGGCUCCAACAGGUUUUAUAUGUUAGUUUGUAUUCUAUUCGCUGUAGUGUUACAGGUUUAAAUUAUGCAAUGUUUACACUCAACGAAAAUCAUACAUGCAUAUAAACAAUAACAUGCAAAACCUUUUGCUCUUUGUACUUUUUCAGCUCUUUUGUCGCUUACAUACUCAUUGUGUACUUUCAUUUUGAAAUUGUGUUUUAUGAAUAUUGUUGGCUCCUACGACAAAUUGCUAUAAAAUCAUCUGCUGAAUAUUUCUUAAGACUGCAUGUUUAGGGAGGAAUGUAUUGUUGCAUAUGUAUAUCUAGUUUGGUUAAAAAUUGAAUGCAUUAACAAUGCAACACCACUUGAGUGACAGCUAUGCGUUGUGUCGUGACUCCAAACAGAGCUAAUAAAAACAUGCACUUUCAGGACAGCAUGAGUUUACAUGCUUUUAUCAAGGGACUUGCAACUUCACCUUUGUGUAAGAAAUUGCACUUGGGUAUAAAAUGGAUUGGGUGAUUUUGACUUGUUUAAGUAUUACUAUAGCCAUACUUUCUGAUUUAUACUCAUAACCAUUUAUAUUAGUUUAUU